CUUCUAUUUUUAUCUUUUUGUAUGAUAAUUUCCUGCUUGAACUACUAAAAUCUCCAGGCACAAUUCCCUUGGAAGCCUGUAGAUUAAUAUGACAAUUUAACUAUCACGACUUGUGAUCUCUUCCCUUCCUUCAAUUUGCCUUCUCAAGAAGGACUUGUGUCAACUUAGAGUCAUUAUAUCUAGGCUUAAUAGCACUUUUGGUCCCCCACGUUUAAAAAAUGUGCAAUAAUAAUCCCCCACGUUUAAAAAUAGCAUAAUAGUACCUCAACGUUUAUCUCCGUUAGCAGUUUUGGUCCCCCGGCUCCUUUCCGUUAAAAACUUAACGUUUUUGUGUGACAUGGCUUUUUUUUUCCUUAUGUGGCACUCAGACUAGGAGAGAGAAAUGUUUUGGGGGGAAAUCACAUGCCCCUCACGUGAGAAUCACCUUCUCUUUUAUCAUCUUCUUCCCUAAAUCUGAAAAUCACUAACCCUAAUUCCUCUUCUUCUCCCUCAAAUCCUAAAAUCACCAAAACUAAUUCCUCUUCUUCUCCCUCAAAACCCAAAAUCGCGAGCCCUAAUUCCUCUUCUUCUCCCUCAAAACCCAAAAUCGCGAGCCCUAAUUCCUCUUCUUCUCCCCCAAAUCCCAAUAUCGCGAGCUCUAACCAUGGGAGGAUCUUCAGCCACACCUAAUUGGAGGGAUUUAGAAGCUGAUUCGAGUCGCAGGGUACCUGAAUCGCACAGAAGAAACGAUGGUUCUCAUGGGUUGUCUGGCUCUCGCGAUGUUUCGACUGGUUCUGAGAUGAGGCGACGAGUAGUGCUGUGUGAAUGUGGGGUUGAAAGUCCAUUGGUGACAACAUGGACUGGGGUGAAUCGUGGAAGGAGGUUUUAUGGUUGUGGGCUGUUUGAGGUGCAUCGUAAGAAGGUAUGCAACUUCUUCCAAUGGCAUGAUGCUGAUGACAAUUGUAAUGCUAGGGAGAAGAAGUUGAUUGUUGUCUUAACCAAGAAGAAUGAAGACCUGAAGAAGAAAGAGAGGAUCCUACUUGCCUUUUUGUUCAUGUCAAUAAUUGUGAUCCUUGUGUUGUUGGUAGCUUAUGUAAGGAAGUAGGAAUACUAGUUGGGGUAGUAGGAAUGUAAGGAAGUAGGAAUGUAUUUUGUAAGGAAGUAGGAAUGUACUUCCAUUAAGAUGGGAAAAAAAUCCUUUGAGAAAGUGAAUGCACUUAUGUACUUCCAUUAGGAUCCUUUGAUGCAAGAAAUGAAAUUUGCCAAUUGUGUUUCCAUUGAGUUGAAUUUUAUGCAAUUCUGUUUGAGGUUAUAUGUAUCUUAAAUUUGAUGCAAUUUUUU